AUGAAACAUCGUGCGACCGCUUAAGCUCGUUUGCAUGAGAUAUGAAAAUGUUCUUCGGUAUAAAUACGUGGCCUGAGGCAUUGAUGUCGAGCAGCAUCAGAUAUCGCUGGGCUCGUCACCCACACAAUGCCUUCUUUGCCGAUGUUGUAUCUCCCCGAUACGAUGAAGGACUGGCCGUGGCCUAGGAAGAUUAAUCCAUACGAAGAUGAAGUCAAAGCCCCCUCCAUGGAAUGGCUCCGCUUCUUCAAAGCCUUUAAUCCAAAAUCUCAAGUGGCAUUCGAGAGGGGUGAUUUUGUCCACGCUGCAGCCCUCAUAUGCCCAUGGGGCAACAAGGAGCAAUUGCGCCCCUUCUGCGACCUCAUGAACCUGUUCUUUGUCAUCGACCACUAUACCGACUUCGAAGAUGCAAGCGACUGUCGUGAAUUUACUGACGUUAUGAUGGAUGCAUUAGAGAAUCCCCAUAAACCUCGUCCCAAGGGUGAAGUCGUUCUCGGAGAAAUCACUCGCCAGUUCUGGGAACUGACAAUACAGACUAUCGACAUUCUCUCGCAACGCCGGUUCAUUGAAUGCUUUCGAGCGUAUCUUACUGCGGUGGUAGAGGAAGCUGCCGACCGCGAAGACAAAAUGAUACUCUCCUUCGACAAGUACCUUUCGAAGCGCCGAGAUACCUCAGGCCCGCGGCCGAUUAUCGCGUUGUUGGCGUUGGACCUCCCUGACGAGGUCUUCAAUCAUCCCCUGAUGGGUCAGAUGUCUGACUGUGCAACAGAUCUAGUCCUCCUCGAUAAUGAUCUCUUGUCAUACAACAAGGAGCGCGCUACGGAUGGUGCCCUUCACAACAUCGUCACUGUGACCAUGCACGAAUUCGGCAUCGACAUUGAAGCCGCUAUAAUGCACGUCGCGCAGUAUCACAAGGAGGUCCAAGACAAGUUCAUGAAGUGUGUCGAGCUCCUGCCUUCAUGGGACCACGAACUCGACAUGCAAGUCCACGAUUACAUCGACCGCCUUGCAACCCUGCCACGCGGUAUAUAUGAGUGGCAUUUCGAGAACGGACGUUAUUUCGGGAAUAGAGCUCACGAGGCUCAUAAGACGCGUAUGGUGCAGAUGCUACCCGAUUUCCACCUUGAUACAGACCUUCGCAGAGAAAAGAUCAUCAUCCCCCUCACUGAUGGUGUGGCCUAAAGGGGCUUGUCCUUGUGGGGUUCGCUCUACUUACGUAUAGAGCGAUGUUGGCGUUCGUCUCCGAACGUCGUAGGUUGUUAGAGUUAAUUUUCGCCGUCACCA